GGUGCUGUCGCCCUGGCGACGGUUUCGCAGCCCCGCGCCGCCACCAGCCAGGCUUUCAUCUCGACACACUGGGCCAAGAAGCCCUAGCCAUGACCUCGAAGACCGCGGCGUCCUUGUCUAUAGGCAUGGCCGAUGGGUUGUUUGAGACCGAGAAGAACGCAGGGGAGUCCGAGAAUACCUAUAUUUUGCGGCCCGUUUUCCAGCAAAGGUUCAGACCCUCUGUGGUUAAAGACUGUAUCCAUGCCGUGCUUAAGGAGGAACUGGCAAAUGCUGAAUACUCUCCGGAAGAAAUGCCUCAACUCACAAAACGUUUAUCAGAAACCGUUAAAGAUAAAUUAAAAGAAAUGGGAUUUGACCGAUAUAAAAUGGUGGUGCAAGUAGUGAUUGGAGAACAAAGAGGUGAAGGAGUAUUCAUGGCUGCUCGCUGUUUCUGGGAUGCUGACACUGACAACUAUAUUCAUGAUGUUUUCAUGAAUGACAGUUUAUUCUGUGUUGUAGCGGCAUUCGGCUGUUUCUACUAUUGAAUCUUUGAAAAGUUGGAUAAAGAUAAUGACCAUGAAGAAAUAUGAACUUUUUUAUACUGUUAAAUAUCUCAACAAAAUAAAGAUAAUUUGGCAGUUUGGCAA